AUGUCAGCGGAUGGCAAAAAUGCAUUCUUGGUCGUUGAAACGCGCGAUACAGAUGAAUUGAUUGGAUAUGGAGGGUACAACACUUCUGAAUCUGUCGACCCGCCCGAGUUCCUUGACCAAACAACACUACAGGGAAGCAAAGCGUACAGGGAAGCAAAGCCGUCCUCAUCGAGUCCGCCAAAAACGAGCUUGGAUGUCAAGUUUUCAGAGACGGGCGAUGACAAUGAACCAUGGCGAGCUCUCAUGCGAGCGGCAGGUCUUGCCAAGUUCGAGGGCUGGCAGAAAGCAAGUUAUGACGAGAAGCAGGAGGUUUGGGUCUGGAAGUUUGAUGCAGGACAUUGGAAACAGGAAAAAGAAAGGAUGCAAAUAGAGGGAAAGUGA